AUGGCUCGUAUCUCUUCUGCUCUAGUGCUCGCUACCACCUUGGCCAUUAUGGCCUCAGCCGUGCCCAACGCGUCGGCUGGCGUCCUGCCCACUCGCGACGUCGGCGAGAACAAGGCCGAACCUCAGACGCCUACUAACAUGCCCAUGAUGGCCACCGACGCCGCCUCGCAGCUUGACCCUUUCCUGUUCAUGAAGCGCGACGACAAGGCUGCCGACGACAAGAAGGCGGCUGACACAUUCCCGCCUUGGAUGAAGCGUCGCGACACGGACGACAAGCACGCUGCUGACGGCGGUCACGCGGCUGACCAAUGGCUGCCCUUCCCCAUUCGCGACGUGGACGACGAGCACGAUGCCGAUCAGAUGUACUAUCCUUCCAUGUCGCGCGACGUUGAGGACAAGAAUGAGGCCGACCAGGCCCUCUGGCCUCCCAUGGCUCGGGACGUGCACGACAAGCACGCGGCCGACCAGUACCCUUGGGGCUGGUCUCCUGUCGUUCGCGACGUGGACGACAAGCACGAUACCGAACAGCUCUUCUGGCCCAUGGCCCGCGAUGCGGACGACAAGAAGGCGGCUGACGACGCCAAGGAUGCCAACGCUGCCGACCAGUGGAUGCCCAACUGGCGUGGUCCGGGCUGGUGCCCUUGGGGCUCGCGCUGGGACUGGUGGUCACGCCGAUGCGCUCGAUGGGAUGACGGUCGAUACCGCCCUUGGAGGGCUACGGCCGACAGCUCGAUGAUGAAGCGCGACGAGGACGCUUCCAAGGCCGUCGAGGCCGCCGACAACACGCAGGUGAACCAGCAGGUUCCUGUGUGCCCGCCCGGUUUCGGCUGGAACCCCAUCCUCCGCCUCUGCGUGUGGCUCGGUAUCGGUCUCAGGUCCGAGGAGGGCGCUGCUCUGCAGGCGCGCGAUGGUGGUGGUUGGGGUAGUGGUGGUCGUGGCGGUCCUGGAUGGGGCGGCGGACGUGGUGGCGGCUGGGGCGGCAGUGGUCGCGGCGGCGGCGGCUGGGGUGGUGGAUGGGGCGGUCGCGGUGGAGGCUACGGCGGUGGUCGCGGUGGCGGCUGGGGUGGUCACCGAGGCGGUGGCUGGGGCGGCCGCAGCGAGGGUUGGGGUAAGCGUGACGAGAUCGAGGUCCGCGAGCCUCAGCGCGGUGGCGGCGGUGGUGGCCGAGGCGGCGGCGGUCGAGGUGGCGGUCGCGGUGGCGGUCGUGGUGGUCGCGGUCGCUUCACUGACACUGAGGCUCAGGCAGAGUAA